GUUAAAGUUAAAAGUUAUUUAAACUUGCACUAUUUCUUCAAAGGACCCAAUUUUGAUGUCGGACAACAUAAGUCCUAGUAGUGCACUGGUGAUAUGGAGCAGCGCAGGGCGACGGUUGCAAUUCUCCAGAAAGGACUUGUCCAUGCCAAAGCACAUUCAGACCUUUCCCAAUUAUGACUUCUUCAGGAAACAAUGGGAUAAGGUUUCUGGUUUUUGGUUCAAUCGCGUUUUAAAAGAAGCAUCUUUACAGCGAAUUCAGGUGAGUGACAUUGUAGCACUUAUAGAAAAAGACAUCGCGCAUCGUUGGGAACAACGAAAGAUGGAGAAAACUCUUUACAAGAAAAAAAGGCGUCUUCUUUCUGAGAAUGGGCCUGCUGGGAGGCCGUCCACACAUAUUUUAAUUACCAAUAUUUGUAGCCUGCCUUCAUUUUCUUCGUCUUCUGAUGAUGAUAAACAUGAGCUAGUUAAGAAUAUUUUGAAGCAGGUGGAGACAGCAUGCAAAGGGGUUGUCCAAGACGUGAAAGUUUUAAUUGAUGAUGAUGGUUCUUCAAAAAUAGACAAUUAUACUAAGAAAAAGGCAGCUAUUGAAGAGGAAGGGAAUCGCGAGCCAGUAACAAAAGAGUUCGAUGACCAUGUGGCAGUUGUGUGUACUCUUGAAUCCAAGGAGAAAGCGGCACUAGUGGUUGCGACUCUUCACGGAGCUAGAUUUGAUGGGCACACUGUUGUUUGUUGUUUUUACGAAUCUUUAAAUCCAGGGGAGGGGGCAUGAUGAGUCUAGUCCCUCAUGCAUUUUUCCAUAACAUUCUUUAGAACAUUGACAUUUUAUUAUAUCCCUACAAUGUUGAGCAUGAAUCUUCAAUCAAUGGCACCAACCGGUAUCUGUCAUCAGGUUAUAAAA